CUGUGGAUGAUUGACAGCCACAUUGCUGUUUAUUUAUGUUUAGUCCGCUGCUGUCGAAAAUAAUUUGUAUAUUUAGUUUUAACAAAUCAAACGUGGAAUUAAACGGCAAAAACGCAACGACUAGAGAAUACGCCUAUGUGAAGAAGAACUCAUAGAUUGCGCGACAUACGCGACUUUACGUGGUGUUGUGUGAGUGUGUGCUUGUGUGUGUUCCCAGUGUGUUUUGCGGCGAGACCCAGAAAUAGAAAUUCUCUUCUUGCCAAACCGAAACCGAAACGGCACUUUGUGUAUUAAUAUAUAUAUGUAUGUAUUUACAUAUGUACAUAUAAUAAGUGAAAGCGCGUGUUUUAUUUAGUCAUAUUUAUGCGCGUGCCCGGCCAAAUGCGCUUCUCUAGCGUUGACAGCAGCCUCGCUAGAUAAAAGAAAAGCAAAAAGAAUAUAAAGUGUUUGUGUGUGUGCGUGCAUGCGGGGGAAGGAAGCGGAGCCAAAGAGGAAUUGCCUCAUUACUCAUCCGUCUAUUUUGUGCGUGCAAAACGACAACGAAACGACAGCAGCAAUAACAAUAACAACGAUUACAUACAACGAACGACGACAACGAGCAGCAGACAGUGCAACAAAUGUUUGUUAAAACAGCACAAACUUGAAGUUGAAGCAAAUCAGAGCAGAGUUUGAAAGCAAAAGUGGAGCCACAAGCGAUCAACGAUGGACCAACCGUUGAUUGUGCGGGCCGAGUACUCGUUCAUGGGCAGCAACAACGAUGAGUUGUGCUUCCAGAAGGGCGAUCUCAUCACGGUGACACAGCGCGAGGAUGGCGGCUGGUGGGAGGGAACGCUCAAUGAUAAGACUGGCUGGUUUCCCAGCAACUAUGUGAACGAGUUCAAGGCGCCACUGCCACUCACAGACACCAUUCGGCCACCCGAGGAGAUCCAGGAGAAUCGUUCGCUGGUGCUCAAGGAUCUGCUCGACUCGGAGCGGGCGCAUGUCGCUGAGCUGCAGGGUCUGCUCGAGAACUUCCUGGAGCCCAUGCAACAGACGCAAAUACUCAGCCAGGAUGAGUAUGCGCAGCUGAUGUGCAACUUUGUGGAGGUGGUGCGCACACACGAGGAUCUCCUGCUGCAGAUCGAGGAGUGCAACGAUCGUGUGGGCAAAUUGCUAUUGGGCAGCGCACCUCUGAUGAAGAAAGUCCAUCAAGCUUAUUGUGCCACGCAUCCCAAAGCCAUUGUCAUACUGGACAAGUAUAAGGAUGAGCUGGAGAAGUACAUGGAGCGUCAGGGCGCCGCCACCCCGGGUCUGUUAGUGCUGACCACUGGACUCUCGAAGCCCUUUCGUCGCCUGGAUAAGUAUUCGGCCAUGCUGCAGGAGCUGGAGCGGCAUAUGGAGAGCAGUCACCCCGAUCGUGGCGAUACACAGCGUAGCGUUGCCGUCUACAAGGAUAUUGCGGCCACCUGUUCGGCCACACGACGCCAAAAGGAGCUGGAGCUGCAGGUGCUCACGGGUCCAGUGCGCAAUUGGCAGGGCCAAGAGCUGAGUACGCUGGGUGACAUCAUUCACAUGGGCAGCGUGGCUGUGGGCGCCGAUCAUCGUGAUCGCUACUUUGUGCUCUUCCCACAAACGCUACUCAUACUGAGUGUUAGCCAACGCAUGAGUGCCUUUAUCUACGAGGGUAAACUGCCGUUGACGGGCAUCAUAGUGAAUCGCCUGGAGGAUACGGAUGUGAUCAAGCAUGCCUUUGAGAUUAGUAGUCCGCUAAUCGAGCGCAUUGUCGCCGUCUGCCAAGGUCCCAACGAGGCCAACAAAUGGGUCGAACUGCUGAACGCAAACAAUCCGAAUCCCACUCUGCCGAUGGGCAUCAAGCGACAGCUGAGCAACCUGAGCAACUCAUCGAUGAAUGCGGCGCAUCUCAGUCAGCAUCUGGACGCGCGUGGUUAUUGCACGCGAUUCUCGCUGUGUGCCUACUACAACAGCCAACAGCAACAGCCACAGCAAUCACAACAGCAGCACAACUCACAACACUUGCGACCAUUUCGCAUCACAUUGCCGCCCAGUAAUUAUCCGCCCACAGCUCCUUACGCCAAUCUCAGUGCACACUUUGCACGCUUGGUGCGUGCUGGACGCUUGCGGAGUGCCAUUGUGAAGAUGCUGUUGUAUCCACAGUCCAGGCAAAGCAUCGAUCUCAAGCGGAUUGCGUUGCGCAAGAAGCGUUGCCACAAAGCAGCCGCCAAAUUGCUCAAGGAUAUCAACGCCAAUGUGGAGGAAGCUUGCUCUGCAAUGUCUUCGCAAUCGGAACUGGAGCGUCAGGAUGCCUUUGAGUUGCCCACCGACUCGGAGAGCUACGAGGAUGAAGAUGUGGAUGAUGAGGCGUAUUUGCGUAGCUGCAAUUCGGAUCCCUUUGAGUAUGUCAAGUUCUACGAACAUCGUCCGCUGUGCAAUUCCACGGGCACCUUUGUGGAUCAUGGCAGUGGAAGGCAGCGACACAGUUCCUCCAUUAAUCUGAUUAAGUUGGAUUCGCUGGACGAGCAGGAGCUGCUGGUGCAGCACGAACUCAAAAAGGAGUCACUCGUUAUUGGUUCCAAGGCGCUGCGUGCGCUGGCACGCAAAUCCACGGAACGCAACUCGAGUGUGCACACUUCCACGGCCACCAUUAAUCUGGGCGGCUCGAGCAUCACCAACUUUGUGGAGGAGGAGGAGGAGGACGAGGAGCAGCUGGCGGCGCUGGAGCAGCCAGUGCAAGCGGUGUCGCAGCCAAGCACACUGCAUCAGCAGAGUUCCGAUGCCAGUUCCAUGUAUGGGGCACGCUUGGGUGGCGCCUUUAUGGCCUGCGAGAAUCUGGCCAGCAUCAACGAUGAUCUCAAGCAGCGACGCGCAGCUGCGCCCACACAACAGCCACAACAGUUGGCUGGUUCUCCUAUUGAACGCCACAGCAUGCCCAGUAUUUUUGUGGGCAAUCGUUUCAAUCGCUGUGCGGACACCGAGGUUUAUGUGCCCACUUGGCGUGAACGUCACGAGACGCAGCAGAAUCAAAGUGUCGAUGCGGAGUUGUUGAAUGAAGACACCGAGGAGGAUUGUGUGCAUUCCAGUUCCAUGGAUUUACCUGCUGCGUGUCGCACGGCGCCCGAUCAGCUUCAAGCUGAGUUGCUCUACAACUACGAGGCAUGCGGCAACGUGGAGCAGCAGCAGCAGCAACAACGUGUCUCACACAAAAGCGACAGUCCACAGACGGGCAAUGUGCGUGGUGUGGACAUUGCACCCGAGCGUUGCAGCUCCAGCACAGAGCUGUGCAUUGAGGCGACCAAGAGACAGCCGACGGAGAGUCAACAACGCGAUUCGAUUCGACGUUGCAUCAGCUAUCAGUAUCUGCAGAUGAAUCAACGUCCAGCGCCGCCUCCCCCACCACAGCCACCAACCAGGAACGAUCAUGGCGAUUGCAAGUGUCGCUGCUGCGAGAAUUCACAGUGUCCCAGUCCUCGUUCCAGCGACAGUGGCAUGGCUGGCAGCUGCACCAUUGCUUCGCCUGAUCCGCCUAAUGCCGAGUGUGGAGGUGUCGAUGUGUUGGAUCAAGUGGAGCCGGAGCGACGUUUCGAUGUGUGCGGCAUGUUUCGCGAAAAGUUUCUAACGCCAGAGGCAACGCAAGAGGAAGAGGAUACAUCACAGCAGCAGCAAACAGAGGAUGAAGUGCAAUCACAGGAAGCGGCAGCUGCGUCUGCUGCUCCCGUCAGCAACUCGUCACAAUUCCAAAUCAAUACCAAGAGUAUUUUUCUGGCCUCCAGCGCCAGCAUGGAUGAAACCACGCCACGUGUCACGUCUAAUGAGCUGGUUUUCAGCGGCAGCUGCUCAGCGGAUCAAUUGGAUCAGCCACGUGCCACCUUCCGGUCUGGAAUGUAUGCGCACUGGUGGAAAAAGGAGCGAUUGCCGCCAGAAGUGUUGCGUGGCAUUGCCAGCGCCUACAACAAGCGACUGCCGCAAGAACUGAAAGCAUGCAGCAAGGACUCACAGUGCUCGCUGGGUUCCAUCUGUUCCAGCUGCUAUUGUUCGCUGGGUGCCAGCGGUUAUAGCGAGGGAGCCAUCUCGUGUUCGCUGUGUCAUCAUUGUGGCGAAUCCACAGAGACUUGCACCACAAAUACAACGACCACAACGGCAUCGAGUUGCUCUAAUUGCCCAGUGUGCAGUGGCGAUGAGACAGAGCCAGAGUGCAGACAAUCGUUGUCCAGGCGUGCGGCUUUCGGGGCACAUCCAUCGUAUUCGACGUCGCUCGAUUGUCCCAUUUGUGCGGCACGCGUAGCUUUGGCAACCGAAGAAGAUGUCUCCGCCAUCGAGCCACAGCCUAUUGUUGCCACCCGGCAGCAAUCGCAACCAGACGCCAACAGUGCCAACAUUGCCGCCAAGCAGCAGCAUCAGCAACAGCAACAUCGGCAGCCUCAGCAAUCAGUCGGCACAGGGACUGGGAUUGGGAGUGGGAUCAGGAGGAUCAGUGGUGGGAGCGGGAGCUGUGAAUGCAGCCACUGCGAUGUCACAACACAAACGGAGCCUGUCGUUCAAUCACCACCUCAGCUACAACCAAUACACGCACACUCAGCCUCCACAACAUCAUCUGCAUCCACCACAACCACCAAGUCUACCAAGUCAUCUGGGGGCGCUAAGCCACAAAUCAAGUUUAGUCCCGACACCAAGCAGCAAGACAGCGGCGGCAGUGGCAACAGCGGCGGCAACAGUUCCGGGAGUGGGGGAAAGCAGCAGUCAGGCAACGGCGGCGCCAAACGCAAGGAAAGGAAGCACAAAGGCUAAUUGGACCAUCAGCUGUUUGCGUCCCACGCCACCAUUGCGACCCAGUUUAUUAAAUGCAACGAGCGGUUCCGGCUCCAGCUCCGCAUCCGGCUCUGGCGGCGGCGGCGGCAGCUCCAACAACGCGCUCUCGAGCUACUGCAGCGGAC